CAGCAAGAGGUAACCUAGCGAGUGAUAGCGGCGCUCCUCGGGUGCUGUGGCUCACGCUUUGGUACUACAGGCCGAGACUGUUCUGGCGACGGCGAUCUCUGCGGCGACGGCUCAGGUUCUCGGAGGAGUAGCAGAGUACGGCCUGGAGGAGGGGCUUCUGGUCAGCCCAGGUUCUAUCAUAAUGAAUGGAUCCAGUGUGGCGAAUACAUCACCCAAUAUAAAAUCCAAAGAGGACCAGGGGUUAAAUGGUCAUGAUGAGAAGGAAAACCCAUUUGCAGAGUACAUGUGGAUGGAGAAUGAAGAGGAUUUCAACAGACAGGUGGAAGAGGAGCUGCAGGAGCAAGAAUUCUUGGACCGCUGCUUCCAGGAGAUGCUGGAUGAGGAAGACCAGGACUGGUUUAUUCCAUCGCGAGACCUGCCUCAGGCCGUGGGACAGUUGCAACAACAGUUAAAUGGACUGUCAGUCAGUGAUGGUCAUGAUUCUGAAGAUAUUUUGAGCAAAAGUAACCUGAACCCGGAUGCCAAGGAAUUUAUUCCAGGAGUGAAGUACUGAGCUGACAGAAAGCUUUGAGGAGAACUUGUACGUCCCCACAUCUGGGGACAGCGCUGCACAAAAAAGGCGGAGCUGAAGAGGGGGGCGGGGCGGGCAAGGGGUGCACAGCGGGGAAAGGGGACAGUGGUUUAACUCGACACUGUGAUUGGAGUAACUAAUGUGCUCAGUCUUUCUCUACAAGGCUCUGAGUAUUUCUCUUUUGUUCUACUGACUUUCAUUUGGAGCAAUUUCCUAUUAUUAUUAGCUUUUUGAUUUAGGGAAAUUGCAAUUCCCGCCCCCCCCCCACCCCGUCCUUCAUCAGGAAUGUUCUGCUGUAUGUGUUUAAACAAAAUAAGCUGACCAAGAAAAUCUGGGUGUUUAAGAAUGCCCUUCCCGCUCUGCUGUAUACUUACCAAGGGCAAUGAACACCUAGAGCACUACUUACUCAGUCUAUUAAGCUGGAUGGGAAGAGGGGCGAGAGGAAGAAGCAGGUGUUGUAAACCAGAAUGCACAGCUCCCUGAUCCCUGGGAGUUUCCUGUGAUGAGCUGGGAUUACCAGUGGCCUGCUGAGCCCAUGUCUCCCUGCCUGAACCCCAUUCAAGAAAACACAGGCUUAAAGUACUGGAAACCAAUAGAAGCAACUAUCAUCAACCAUCUGGUUGAUGAAAGUUGUAAAGCAGAAGGAGAGGACUGGGCUGGUGAUUGUCACCUGAGUCGCUCAGUUACUGUUGGCCUACUCUUAAGCCUCUGUUUACAGCUACCAUCAGACUCAAAAUUUACAAGGUAAAAGAGCACUAGAGUGGAUUUGCCAUUUCGUCUCAUGGUGUCUAGUCCCCUGUCUCCUCUCCACCCCAACUCCACUCUGUUUUUAAGAAAAGAUAUUGUUACCAAAGGUGUAUGAGAGGCAUGUGGUGCUGGCCAUCAGCAUCAGCCUGGAGAAGUCAUCCUUGAAUCCUGUUAGUUAUGUCUUAAAUUUAUUUCGACAAUUUUUUUCCAGCCCCAUGAGGACUUGGUCCACCUGGUACUUUACUUUCCUUAGAAAGGUUUAUGCACUUUCACAACUCAAUGUAUUUUUCAGGACACUAGCAAGAAGCUCAGUUCACAAUUUGGAUGCUUCUUCCCACCUUACAGAAUUAUGCAGAAGAACUCCAAAAAAGCCUAGGAGAGUGACUCCCGUUUGACCCUGCGACUGUGUGACCCACCAGGACAGUUUCGGCAGUUGUAAAAUUUUGCUGUUCCCACAUACCCAGGUUUUUGAGUUUUCUAGGUUGGACUUCCUGGGUAUGUUCCUUUCCUGCCCACAAGUCACAGGGGUUUUUGUUGUCAUUGUUGAUACUCAUAAGGAACUAAACUUGGCCCAGGAGCUGCCUUUGUGUGCUAGAGAAGUCGGUGGGAGAGUCAGGUCUAAAAGAGAGCAUGUCCAGUCCUGGCCGUUCUCCCAGGAUGGGCAAGGACUUGCAGGGGCCUGAGAAGGACAGUGGCUUCUGUAUGACUGCCACUGUCUUGUGUGAUAGGCCUAUCAGGAAAAGAUCAUGUAGCUUGAAAUCAAGUCUGUGUAAAUUCAGUAUGUGGAUGUGGGACAGAGGUUGGAAGGAAAGGACUAGGGUUUGGAAAAUUUAAGAAUUUCUCCUUUUUCUUAUGAGGUCCCUUGUUGACUUUUUGAACAGCCACAGGUUAAUGUCAGAUUGAAAAUAUGAACCCACAUCUUUUCCUUGUUUGAGUCUUUAGGAUGGCAUCAUUUGAAAAAUGCCCUUCCUUGUUAGGUCACAUGUCAUGGGAGAGUGGUUUAGGGAGCUCGUAUUGUCAGAUGUGCUCAUGAAUUCCCAAAGUCUCUACCUCGAGAGAAUGGAACUCUUAACUCGUUUUCAGGGAGGGCUACGAAUAAAGAAAUGUCUCAAUUCCAGCUUCAGCUUUCAGCUGGAAUUGUUGCCUCUAAUAAGGAGAGGACCUUGGAAGUGCAGAAAUAGAGGUCUCUUUCUUCCAGGGCUGCUUUUCCUCCUUCAAUCUGCAUUAACUUGUCCAAGCUCAGACUUCUGAAGGCUGCUGGAAAUGUGUUGGGAUUGCAGAAAGAGCCUUUGUCUUGACCAUGGUGUCUCCAUCACAAAGAGCACCAUGGAUUCUUCUGUGGCUCCUGGUCUGGGAAGUCCUCCAGGGAUCCAGAUCGAGCCGUUUCUUCAUCCUGAAGCAGGCUUGCCCUUCCGACACCAGGAUAGGCUAAGGUAUUUGGUGUAGUUCAAAGGGCUUGUUUUCCCAUCUGCUGUGGGGUUUCAUCUAGGAUGUCAGCGUGGUUCCACAAGGCAUAUUUGGUCAGAACUAAGAAAGCUUCCUUCCAGCCAAGCAGUGGAACCUGCGGGCUGGCCAUUCCGGUCCCACUCAGACACAGUGCGCUGACUCAGGAUCAGGAAGCAGCUAGCAGUGCGACCCCCUACACAAAUGUGUAGGUUUGUGCUUCCAGCGGUUCCUCUUGCAGCGUGACCUUUUUCUCCAUCUAUUCUAUGUUGUGAGGUGGGAGCACAAUUGUCACCCAGAUCACAGGCCCAGCUAUAGUCAGAGUUUGCCAAGUCCUUAACAGGAAAUGCGUGUGGGUCUUAUUGGAUCUUCACUGGGGAAAGGCUGGGAACCUCUAUCUCAGACUUUUCCUCAUAGGAGAGGUUCUGGGUGCAAGCCAAACUAGACACCUUUACCUUUUAAGGAUGAAGCUGGUAUUAUAAGUGAUGAUUUUGAUAUUGAAUUUAAGCCACUACUCUAAGUUUUUUUAAUUGGCAACUGGAAGUUUAAGUAUAGAAACAGAAUAUGUAUUUUCAACAAUUGCCAAUUCUGGCUGGUCCCAGUGUUUGUUAGUUUAUUAGUGACUGAUUUUGUGAUUAUUGGACUCUAAAACUCCAAAAUGAAAAUGAUUUUAUCUCUUGCUCUUCAAGGGGUAAAAAACAAAAGAAAUGCCUUUUAUUUUCUCCUGCCCUUUGAACUGCAGCAGGAAACUUGAUAGAUACAGCCUAGGCCUGAACACCUGCACCUUUGGGUCUUUGGAGCAGUUUCUGACUGCAGCAGUUGACUUUUGGGGAUCACAUAAGGUCAGACCCAAAAAGAUUGCAAGGAAAAGGGCGGACCUUUGCAGCACCUUUAGUUUCCAAAGUCAUAACAGCUGGGGUCUCUUUAAUUAAGGUUACAAUGCUAAUUAUAACUUUAAAAUGUUUUUAGAGGUAAUCAGCAUUUUUCAAAUUGUGUAUUGCUAUAAUGUCAAAGUUCUGUCUUGAUUUUGAAGAUGCUGGGAAGUAAGGAGGUGAGUCAAACACUCUGACUUCAGAGUAGAAAUUAAUAUAUGUUGGGAAAGUUGUGUGAAGAAGUAGCCAAAGGAAACAGCUUGACUGGAUCUUCUUGCAUUGGUGCUGCUGCAAAGCCCAUGUAUAAACAUCAGGAGCCCAGGAAUCUACACUCCUGAGAUGGGAGGGGGCAAGUGUUCUUCAAUAAGGGUCCUGGCAUCACGGGUUAAGAAUGUUGCUUGGUUAGGUUAUGUUGAUGUAUGGGUUCAGGCAGAGACCUGACAAAUUUGACCAAGAUUUGGAGACGUGCACCUUUUGGGAAAGACUGUGUAUUCCUAGCCACUCUCCUCUGGGAUAAAUGUGGACCUCAUUAGUUUGGGAAGUUGAUGGAGAGAACAGGAGGAUUGACUGGGAUCUGGUGAGCAUCAGGAACCUUGGUCUCCUCCUAGCUCUGCCCACGGUUACCCAUGGGAAUCGUUUCGCCUCGCAGAGAUCAUUAGUUCUCCUGGUCCCUGUGUAGUACACAGAGUACUUUUCUGCAGCCGGUGCUCUGCUGCCUUUUGAAUUUCAUCACAAUUUUGUAAGGUUUUUUUUUUCCCCCCCUUUGUUUUUAAUCUUCUGUCUUUAUUUCUCCCAUCUUGAAUCUGCAAUUAGUGACAAAGGACAGGGGAAUAGGAGGCUGACCCAAGGAAACACUCAAGUUUCCUGCUUGUUACUUGGCCUCUGCCCUCACUGCCCAGCCCCCCACUGCUGUCCCCAGUCGAGAUUUUAGGGGGGGUGGGGUCAUACAAACAGGACAGCUGAGUACACUGAUCUCUAUGGGGCGUUAGCCAAGUGAUUCACCACCCUACCCCCAGGGGACAGAAGAGAAAUCUACAAAGGGACAGAUGCACCAUCUUUAUUUUAAAAGAAAAAGCCCCUUUAGAUUUUGUUACUAGGAGUCCCAUUUGUGAGGUCUGCUGAGUUUUCUUCCCCAAUCCUCCCUUCUUACUGGCUACCUUUUACUAUUAUAAAUAGUAAAGAAACAUUCUAGGCUAUGUACUAUAAGAGUACAAUGUUUUCACGCUGUAACUCAACACUAAUUGAUAAUCCUGUCCUGUUGAUUGUGAGCCUUCAGAAAUGUUUAAUGCUUGACGGGUGGUUUGCGAGACAGGGACUUUUUUUUUUAAACAACUUUAUUGAGGCAUAUUUUACAUAACAUAAAAUUCACCCAUUUCAAGUGUACAAUUCAGUGAUUCUAAUAACUUUCCUGAGUGGCACAGCCAUACAGUUCUCAGUUUUAGAACAUUUUCAUCCCCCUCAAUAAGAUCCUUCAUGCCUAUUUACAUGAUAAUACCUGUUCCUAGCUCUAGGGAAUCACUAAUCUUUCUGUCGCUAUAAAUUUGCCUUUUCUGGACAUCAUCUCAAUGAAAUCACACAAAAUGUGGUCUCUUGUAUCUGGCUUUUUUCAUUUACAUAUACUUUCGAGGUUCAUCCAUGGCAUAACUUGUGUUAGUAGUUUGUUCCUUUUUUAUUGCUAAAUAAUAUUCCAUCGAUGGAUAUAUAUUUUGUCAGCAGGGGGUCUUUUAAACUUGGAUUUCAACCUCCUGUGGUCUCAAUGGACCCCUGAGACCAUAGGGCUCCUGGCGGGGCUGCUGCGCAUGUCAAAGGGACUUGCCUAUCAGAACCAGCUUCGUCAUCAGAAGCUCCGCGAGGAGCCUGAACUGCUGCAGAAAUUUUUUAUAAUUUUGCAACUUCCUUUUUACAUGAAACUUCUGUGCUGUCUACACAUCGGGCUUCUGAAGCAUCUGAUGAUUAGCUUAAUAAGUUAAUGAGAAUGUGUUUGAGUGGACAAGAAAGUGAAACCAUCAAUACUGUGUUGAAUGUUUUUUCCUCCCCGACAAAAUGGAGGAAUCUCUGAACUUGCUCAAUAGCGUCGUCUCCAUUACACAGCUGAACUUGUGUUAAAGAUCGUGCUGCCUUUGUUAGACCGAUUUGGAAGGAAAGAGGACAGUCAGCAGAGGCGGUCAGGAGGAGAAAGGGAGUGGCCUUUGCGGUACAUCCCAGCGGGUCUGUGCACGGCCCACGCAUCUGCUGUUGUGGACGGUGAAGCGCCGAGCGUGCCAGGGCAGCUUAGCACCUCCAGCAGGCCCAGGCCUGGACUUUGGACCUUUAUCCCUAUUUCUCAAGUGUUUUAAAAGCUGUUUUUGUUCCUUUUUUUUCCCCUAAAUACACAUCACAUGGUAGUUAUUAAUACUUUGGGGGAGGGGCAGGGCUUUAAAAUUGAAGAAAAUACUUUUCAUAAAAAUAUCAAAAAUGGAAAAAAAGUUACUUUUUAAAAAAUUUGCUAUACAAACCAAAUGGCAGCUGUUGAAAAUCUCAUUAAAAUGAGAAUAAAAUGCA